AUGUCUGAUGCUGCAAAACUGGGGGACAAUUGGUUCGAUGAGUGGAAAACAGAGUCGCUUUACCGCGGGGCAGUGGAAAAUUGUAACGAUUGCAUCGAUGGUUCACCGAUUGCUGGGAGUGGAAUCAUCGUUGGGCCAAUCCUGAGACUGAGAAAUGUGGAUUACGAGUCCUUUGCGUACAAGGGGUCGAUUCUAGUUGUGACUCGAAGCGCGGGCCAGGGGGCAGCCCCACGGAUCACGUACCAGACAGGUUACUCGUAUGCCUCGGACUGCGGGUCUAAAGACCCGCAGAUUUCUGAGGGAGAGUUCAAGUCAGAGUUGUUCCACGAAGAAGAAAGCGGCGGUUCCGUGUUCCAUUUCUUUAGGUACGACGUUGAAAUUCCGCUCGCAGAUGCGGAGCAGAUGGUGAAGUACAAGUUAGAUGGAGAGUGGAGACCGCACUUUCGAUUCUUCAUUCCGUCAAAGACCGCGAAUUUCAACAUGAUCUCGUACUCCUGUAACGGGUUCUCGUUGAGCGUCGAUACGACACACUUCGAAGGGUCUCUCUGGUUCGAUAUCCUGAACAAGCACGCGAAAAUCCAUUACAAUGUCAUGCUCGGUGGAGGGGACCAGAUCUACUCCGACAGCAUCAAGAUUUACUGCGAGAAAGUCAAGCAAUGGACGCAAACGACCAACCCUGUCAAGAAAUUCUCGACUGUGGUUGACGAUGAAUUUCGGAGACAGCUGAACGAGUUUUACCUCACCGAGUACCUUGAAUGGUACGGAUAUGGCCAUUGGAAGGGUUCUACACCAAAGUCGAAGUGCACCCAAAAGUGUUUUCCCAUAGCGAUGGCCUCGAUUCCCUCGAUCAACAUUUGGGACGACCAUGACAUCAUCGAUGGGUUCGGUUCGUACUCACACACAUUCAUGAAGACAGAUGCGUUUAGCUCUAUCGGUAAAGCCGCUUAUAAGUACUACAUGCUGUUUCAACACCACGUGAGCGUAACCGAGCGCAAGGCGUACUUGGAAGAUCCCAUGUGGAUUAUUGGUCCCAAUUCAAGUCCAUACAUCAGGGAACCCAGUCAUUCGAUUUUCACCAGAGUGGGUCCUAACAUUGGACUGUUGGGACUGGACUGCAGAACGGAAAGGAAGCUCAAAGAGAUCGUUAGCGAGGCCACGUACGAUGUUGUUUUCGAAAAGUUGGUUGCGGAGGCAAAUAAUGCCAAAAUGGACCAUCUUUUCGUGAUGUUAGGGGUUCCAAUCGCGUACCCAAGGUUAGUUCUCUUAGAAUGGCUGUUUUCCUCUAGUUUGCUGGCUCCCGUUCGUGCUCUAGCCAAAAGGGGAAUCCUUGGAAGUGGGUUGAUCAACGAGUUCAAUGGAGAUAUCGAGUUGCUUGAUGAUCUGAAUGAUCACUGGUGUGCCAGACACCACAAAAAGGAAAGGAACGGCUUAGUGGCACGGUUGCAAGACUAUGGUGCCAAAUAUGGUAUCCGGAUCACUAUACUUUCUGGUGACGUGCAUUUAGCGUCAAUUGGUAGGUUCAUGACCAAGAGACACAGACGACAUAUCUUCUCUAAUUCCGAACAAGCCGAAAGAGAGAGUGCCAAGGUGGCAAACGAGCCGGAAAAUGACAUGAGAUUGAUGUUCAAUGUCAUCUCCAGUGCAGUGGUUAACACCCCACCACCAAACGGUAUGGUUUCUUUAUUGCAAUCAAAGGCCGAGAUUCACCAUUUCGAUUAUGAAACUGACGAAGAUGCGGUCCCUAUCUUCAACGUCGAGGUCUCCGGAUCGGGCCACCGUAAGGAAAAAUGCUUUCUAAACAAAAGAAACUGGUCCGAUAUCAUACCAGUUGAAAACGCCAUGAAGAACGAAUAUUUAUCCAAACUCCUCAAGGCCAAAGUAGGCGACCUCAUCCUUCCCGGCGUAGUCUCGGACAGUGCUGGUCUAAACAAGAUAAACGGCCACGAUGAACACACCAAAGAGAUAAUCAAAAACGGCCCAGACAAGGGGUUCUUCACCUAUCCCAUCACAGAAAAGGGUGUUAUCGUUUCUCUCAACAUGGAGACCGACAUGAAGAACCCCGACUCGAAGACCACCAAAUAUUGUUUACCAAUACCGGAACUGCGCAUGACGUGCGACUCACUCUCCCACUCCGGCCUCAAACACUGGAACUUCCAUUAA